AUGGCACUGUCUUCACGCCCAAAUACCGCCCGCCGAAGCUCCGCAAGGUCUGGUGCUUUGGGGCCAGACACGUCAACGCAAAAUCUUGAGGAGGGGCACAUCAAUCCGGGGCCCAACGAAGUUCUCGGUGGCCGCUAUGCCAUAUUUGCUAGGCUCGGCCACGGAACGUUUGGGCGUGUCUAUGCGUGCUAUGAUAAGUCUCGCGACGAUACAGAGGUCGCCGUUAAGGUCAUUCGCGCCAUAGACAGAUACACGGCGGCGGGAAAAGCCGAGGAGGCAGUGCUGAAUAAAAUUAAGCAGGCAGCGAAAAAAGCCCAGCAUACAGGCUACUCGUCUAGCCUAAUGAAUAGCUAUUAUGCAAAGCUUUGUUGGAAUAAUUGCAAUCUAGCAUACUUGGAAAGGAGCUUCCAGCAUAACAAUCACAUUUGCCUUGUCUUUCCGAAAUAUGGCAUCAGCCUCCUUGAUCUACUUAAAGCAAAUAAUUUUCGAGGAUUCAAUAUUGACUGGACGCGGGAACUCAGCCGUAGCUUCAUGGUUGGUGUGGGGUUUCUUCAUGACCUCGGAUAUAUACACACAGACAUUAAGCUGGAGAAUAUCCUUUCGCGAGAGAAGCCCCGCGCCACCCGUGUGCGUGAUCGGAUAUUUGUGCAUCCCUCUGGUGCAGAGCUUGUGUUGAUUGACCUGGGGUCGAGUGUUAGAUUAAGUGACCACAGACGUCCAUCCCUUGUCUGCACCCGACAGUAUAGACCCCCGGAGGCAUAUCUUGGCUUACCCUUCGAUCAGACUUUGGACAUCUGGUCUUGCGGAUGCGUGAUCUUCGAGAUCCUGACUGGACGCACUCUUUUUCGUACUCACAAUUCUGUCGUUCAUCUAUGUAUGAUGGAGAGGCUCCUGGGUCCUAUGCCCGAUACGGUUAUUGAGCAGAUGGACAUUUAUAACUCUAAAUACCAGGAGUUCUUCUGUAGAACAAAGAAGUCGUGGUCUCUUCCUACCGACCUCGAUCCUCAGGAGCGAAGGCACUACGAGGAGCUCCUUCCUCUUGAGCGUGAGAUUGACAAAUAUGGAUACGGGUAUCAUACGUCUCUUAUUCACUUGUUGAGAGUGAUGCUCAGUUGGGACGCGCGCAAGAGGUUCUCCGUACCGGAGUGCAUGGCACACCCCUUCUUCGAGGAAGAGCCCCGUGAAUCUAAACAGACACAGACGUCGGGGAGGAAUCUUGCUAACGAUCAGAACAUGGGGACUUUGAUGCGUGACCUUUUGUCGGCAAUCGAUAGAACCCAUCCCCGCUACAAUGAUCUAAAGAAUGCAGUCGAUAUUGCUUUCGGGAUAAAUUAA